UUUACAAACAUUCAAACGUCACACAUGACAAGCCUAUCAGGCGCAGAUUCCGCUUCGGUGUUUUUUGCUUGUGAUCGGCAAAUGCGAUUUUCCUGCACGGCGCUUUUCCAACUUACCGUGCCGAAAUGUUACCUUCAAAGCGAGAUAGGCAAUCGGGCAAUAUUUACAGAAUUCGCCAAAGAAUUGAAAGCCAACUGGACCGAGAAUACGAAGCUGAAAAAGCUCAAAUGCCGAUCAAAAUCGAAUCCGAUUCCGACGAUGAGCUGGAUAGUGUCACCAACGCCGACCCAUUCCUACUGCCCAGCCUCAAGAUGACCUGCUCCGACAGCGAAGAUUCAGCGCCCGUUGGUUCCACUUCCCAGCAGCCGGACCACUUCGAGGAUCCCGUAAUGUCAACGGUGUUUGGAUUGGGGAACGAUAGCGCACCGAGCGAACUGACGAUGGCACCGAUUUUGAACAUGUUCCGGCAGUUAUCGAAACAAAUAGCCACGAUUGACAAAAAAUCGGACCGUCUCCAUCAGCAGGUAGCGAACGUAAUGGACCGAUUGGGACGAGUCGAGAAAAAGGUAGGCGUUGCGUUGGUGACGCUGGAUCAGGUGAAGGAUACGGUGGUCCUGAACACGGACCAGGUGGUAAUCGAUAAUCCGCUUGGUUUGGAUUUCAUUCGAAUCAGCAACGCAGACGAGCUCACGAAGUUUGAACAGCAGCUCGGGGAGGAUGAAGAAUUUUACUCCAUUGUUAAAACGUGGAUCACAUCGCAGUUGAAAAAAAAUGAUCCGCACAGCCGAAUGCACGAUACGAUCGAUUUGCUGUUCGAUCGAAAGUUUUUCGCCGAAUGCACCUGGGGCGGUAGAGGCACGCUGAAGGUAUGCUUUUCCGAUCGGAAAUACGUGCAUAGACUGUUUAAAGAUAUCGGUAGCAAUGCGUUUGUGACGCUGACUGAAAAGACCGUCAAAGAGUUCCUGAUACUGAAGUUGCGGAAUGCUAAGUCCAGGGUGUUUUUGAAAGACCUGCGAAAAAGUACAAGCAAAAAACGAAGGCGCUACCUGCUAGGCGUAAGCUCUGGUGAGCAAGUGUAGAUGAGUAAUAGUAGGACAGGUUGAUUGCUCGAUUGACUGACAUUCCGGCAGGUGUAGGUCAAACAGCUCCCAUCCAACGUGCCAGAACUCUUCAGCUUCUGGUCCGCCAGGACUCUACGUGUAAAAUCAAAACAAACGAAGCCAGAAACGACGGACUGAGACCUCUCGUGGUUAAAGCGCCAAAGAAGAAGAGUGGUGAGAAAGUGCCCUUGAAGUCGAUCAAAUCUUCCCCUAUCUCGCUCUCUAUCUCGGGUCGUAAGUCAAUAUUACCAGCUACAUACGUGUUGAGAUACAUGCAAGAGCGACGGCUGCCAAACGGUCGAAUAAAAGGUCGAGCCUAAAGAAAUCUGAGACGAAUCUGGGACAUAGGACAUAGAGACAAGGACUCUGCACAAAACUGACGAAAUCGUCGAAAUGUCCUGAUUGUUGUGCAGCGAUAAUACUUCCCAGGCUCCGGUGGGCUGAUCAUGUCAGGAGAAUGAUACCGGACAACCCAAACCCUAAAAUCGCUUAAAACCACUGUUGCGCCUAUAAGUAGGCUAUGUGGUUGGCAACGUGAGUGUCUGUUGCUUGGGGUGUGAGAGUAGUUGAGUGCACUCAACACUCAAAGGGAUAGUUAGAGUUGAAAUCGAACAAGCGACCGGAGUACACGUUAUCAAGUUCAUUAGUUACUUCAAGAUCCGAACCAGCCCUUUCGUACGUGGUAUACACAACCACUAGGAGAGCAGAGACAAGCUAGGUUCAAUUUGAGAUGAAUUUAUCGUGAAAAGAAGUUGAUAGGAUCUCGAUUCGAUACUACAUUAUCGAGAGCUUCUGUAACAGUCCAAGACCUUCAUCUUUCGGAGCGUAUACGAUUUAAACUAAGUAAACAUAUACCCACACACAAUUGUACAACAUAUCACAAAAGAAUAUGUUUUAUUAAGAAAUUUGAUAUUUGAAUUUUCAUGUUUCUGCUGCUGCUGUUGCUGCUGCUGAUGCUGCAUGGCCGACUCGCUCGAUCUGUGUGUGUGUGUGUUUGUGUGUUAUGUGUACGUUGUCCGCAUUAUGGUACUAUUGUUUAUGCUACAGUUAUUGUAUUUUUGCGUUUUUUGUUUGUUUGCUUCUAUAUGUAAUUUAUACUCAAUUGAUUCGAAUAUUAAUAACCGAAAAUGCAAUAACCCGCCGAACGGAUCAAACACACAAUUUAUAUCUGACUUAAUGGAGGAAAAAAAAACGUAUCCGAAAUAAACUUAUUCCGUAGUCCGUAUCGCAAAAAGAAACAUUUAUAAACUUUAAACUGUAUUAAAUUAAAAGAGAAACACUCACCCAAAAGUAAAAAAAAAGGGGAGAAAAGAGAAAAGCCAAUCAAUUAGUGAUAAAAGGUAGAGUUCCUUUCACUUACUUUUGAACUGUUUUUCUUCUUCCUCUUCUUCUGCUUAUUUUUCGUUUUUGUUUUACUGUUUAAUUGUUAAAUACUAAGAAUAUCUGUAUAAGUUUUCUCCUUCCCAUUUUCCUUUCUUUUCUUUCUCUCUUCCAAGUUAAGUGUGUGUGUUUGUUACCGUUCGCCUUAUUUUUUGCCAACUCUUUUCUCUCUCUUUCCCUCUCUCUCAUCACUUCUUCGUGUGUGUGUUUCUGUGUGUAUAUAUAUAAUUAUCUAAUUUAUAUUGGCCUUUACAUUCUGCGGAGUUUUGGUUUUCCAAUGUUGUUGCAUCUUCUGUUUUUUUUGUUGUUCUGUUUUGUUUGUUUUAAUUUUUGUCUCUUUCUCUUUUUCUAUUUUCAUUACUAGUUGAAACUGUGUAUUUUUUUAUACUUGUUCCUUUUUCUUUUCUUUUUCCUUCUUUUGUUAUUGAUUUUAAUUGAGGAGCCAUUUGCUUUGUUGUUGUUCUUCUUCUACAACUGUUUUUGCUUUUUGUUUAAACAUUUACUACUGUUUCUGUGUUCCGUUUUUACUAUUUUACUUAUGUUUUGAAAUGUUUCCCUUUUAUUAUCCUCGUUCAAAACAGUAACAGCCAGCAACUACGCAUUUUUGUAUGCUUUUUUCUCUUCUUCGGUUUCAUAUGCCAAUGACUGUGAUGGGCCGUCGUCAGACACACAAAACUCUGUUGUUUUUCUGGGCUUUCGAGCUUUCGCAUACACGUUCAAUAGUUUCCUUAACUUGCUAAUCUAAUAAUCGGUUUACCUUCGAGAUGAGAACAUCAAACAUACAAGAUAGUGUGUACACAAGACCAACCAGCAGCAUACGGCGGCCUUACGGACUCAUGUGGCGCCCAUUGCUAUCAUUAUCUGGCGCACCGACGUUUUAUGUGCGUUUGUGUGUGUGUUUAUGUGUUGUUAAAAUUUAUGCAAA